UCUUUUUUUCGCCGCGUAUGGUCUUUGAAUACAGAUGUGUUGUGUUUAUGUUUGGUGAGUGCGGUGACGCGUUGAUCAUUGUUAUGAAUAAACUAAAACUGCUCGAUUGUUUUCGUCAGCUUUCAAGAUGCUACUCCCAGAGAGCAUUGGUCUGUUCACCCCACAGUUAUAUUUCUGGGACUGCAGUCAUGCCAAAAGGAAUUACCAAUCCAAAUUUCAAAGAAAUUUGUUUUACUGGCACUAAAGUAACAAGUAAUUACAAAAUAUUUCAGUUGAAUGACAGAGUAACAACAUCUUUUCUCCAGUUUUCACCUAAUGUAACACAAAGGAGGCCAGUUCCACCUGUGCUCGAUGCACCUAAUGUCACUUCAUCAAAUAUGUUUGAACUUCCAGCCUGCAGUGUUAUUGACUAUUUACAUGAAAUUCCAGUGAAGGAUAUCAGUGUGCCUACUGUAGGAAAUGUAACUGAGAAAAUUGCUGCACGGCUCAUAGUGAUCAGGAGGCGAAAAAUGAAGAAACAUAAAUUGCGAAAACUGCGUAAAAGAAUGAAAUUUGAAUGGGCAAAAGUUCGCCAGCGAAGAGAGCUAAGAAAGGAGAAGAAAUUUCAAGCGGGCCUGAUAAAGAAAAUAAAAAUUGCAGAAAGUUUUGAUGCAAAGGCAUUUGUUGCCCAAAAAUUAGCUAAAGCCCACGCCGCAAAGCAAACAAUCAAAUCGUAAAACAUCUAAUCCAUGUGCUGAAUCUUGUAUAUAUAAUCUGAAUUUUUGAUAGUAAAUUAUUAAUUUUAUAAAUCCAGAA